CCGCUCCUCUUUCUCUUGGAAGCACCCCUGACUCAUCGCACCAUGGCAGAUACCGAGCAUGACUUCCAGACUGGCGAGUCUGGCGCCUCCGCCACCUACCCCAUGCAGUGCUCUGCGCUGCGUAAGAACGGCUUUGUGGUGCUGAAGGGACGUCCCUGCAAAAUUGUGGAGAUGUCCACCUCCAAGACCGGCAAGCACGGGCAUGCUAAGGUUAAUAUGGUUGGCAUUGACAUCUUCACCAACAAGAAAUUUGAAGAUAUGUGCCCCUCCACCCACAACAUGGAUGUUCCCGCUAUCAAGAGAUUAGACUACCAGUUGAUCAACAUCAAUGAAAGCUACAUGUCCUUGUUGGGCGACAACGGUGAAGUCAGGGAGGACCUGCGUGUCCCUGAGAACGACAUCGGCAAGGAAAUUGAGUCAAAGUUUGAAGCAGGCGAGGAUUUCCUGGUCACCGUGAUCAGUGCCAUGGGGGAGGAAUGUGCUGUCGCUACCAAGGUCUUGCCCAACAAAUAGGGAGACGGACUUUGCUGCCCAGACAACAAGCACCACCCACCACCAGUCUCUUGCAUUCUCAUCGGUUCUGUCACCAAAGCGUCGGCCUUCACAGACAACCUCAAUCAUUCUGUUGUGAUUUCUCAUCAUUGAUCUUAUUUCUCUCCUUUUUUCGUUUUCUCCUCUCAUUGCUGUUUGGGAAUGUUCCACCGCGGCUCGCUGCGUGGUUCUCUGCCUGAUCACUGAAGUUUUUGUUUGGCAACGAUCUACUUUAUAUAAAACAACUUCAAAAAUAAUGAUCGGUCGCUCGUUCCUGCUUAUUUUUGCCUUCAAAGUGUUGGUUUUGCCACGCACAUUCCUGAAUGUUUAAAUAACAACAGGAUUCAGCUUUUGUAUGAUUAUUUUUUUAUAUUCUUUAGAUUGAAUAUAGCGGGUGUAAAACCUAUUAGAGGGACGGGAGGGCAGCAGUUUGAGUUGUUGGGAGGGAGGGUCGCCCCUGUAGAUACUAGAUCCUGGUUUAGAUUGUCCCACUAGCAGCCAUAUCGCUUUCCAGCUUGGCCUUUGCUCUGGUUCCUGAGUGGAUUGUGUGCACCAAGAUCAGAUUUUUCUCCUAAUCGCUGGGUUCGGUGGCGGCGAGGCACUUCUGAGCACUUGAGGUCCACCCCAGCAUGUCAAACCUCUAAAACCAAGAAAAGACUAGUUUUAUUGUUUUCUUCCCCCCCCCACCCCAAGAUGAACAGAAACAAACUUCAGUGAUUUCCUCAUGAUGCCAGUCUCUUGUCUGUGUAGAAGUUGGAGGGGUGUGAGGAGCCUGUGCGCUCACGCCUCUCGUUCUCCGGUCGAGGGCGCUCUGCUGACCCAGUCAUACCCCCCCACCCCCACCCCACCCCCCAGUACAAAAGGAGUGUUCAAUUUUGUUUUGAGAGGCAUGAGUGUGUAGCGGUGUGGGCCUCCGAAAUGUGUGAGGCGGUUUGCAGUGAGGUGUGUGUUUCUUUUGAGGGACUCAAUCGGGUUCGGGGAGGGUGGUAGAGUUGCAAACUUUUUGUUCACUCGAGGCCUUUGUCACCUGACUGGAGAUGGCAGAAAUAAAAUAAUGAAACAAAUGGACAAAAACUGCAAACUAUGUCUGUCUGGUUUUGUUUCUAUAAUAAACCUGGUAAUGAGA